CUGAUUUGCAAACUACUACUUGUAAAUGUAAAUUAUCUCUAGUAUCCACAAAAAACAAUAGAACUGAUUUAGUGAAACAAGCGUAUACACACGUUUAUGAACCUACUUGGGCAGCGCCAAUAUUUAAAUAUAUUCAUGAAAGAGUUAUGGAAUAUAAUUACCAAAUAAAUUUGAAAAAAUCUUUUUGGUUUUCUCUUAGUGGACAAUGCCACAAUGUUUUGAUGAAAUUGAAUCCAAAAAAGGCUAAAAAAAAAACUAACACUUAUACAACAACAAAAAAUAGAAUUGAUAACAAUAAAAAAACUAAAUCACCUUCCCCAGCAACAUCCGCUGCAGCAAGUGAAGAUAGAAUUAAUAAAAGUGAAAUGAGUAGUGAAGACAAUGAAUCUGAAUUUGCACUAUCACCACAAGUACAACUACAGUUGCAACUCUCACCACAACCACAAUUGCAACUCUCACCACAAGUACAAUCAUAUUUGAUUUUGCCUUCAUUUCCACUACAGCAAAUACCAUUAGCUUUGCCACCACAACCACCCCUAUACAAUUGGGCUUUUGGAUCCCAAACAUUUCAAUCACAUCAACCAUUAUUAUCAAUUUCAUAUAAUUUAUAUCAAACGUUACCUUAUAAUUCUGUGCAGCUCUGA